GUUGGCAGGGUUGGGUGACCUCGAUUGAAUUUGGCUCAAAAUAUACUUUGAGAAAGUCAGAUAACAUUAAAAAAUUCUUACAAUCAAUAAAACCAAUUAUUGCUGCUUGUUUUCCAGACAUAAGACUUCCUAGAUUUAUAAACGUGCGUUUUGCAUUAACUGGCAAUUUUUACAUAAAGUGCUUUAGUAUUAUAAACAAAAUGGAUGAAACUGUCCCUCAUUUGAAAGAUUUGUGCGUUGUUUAUCCAUCUUCAAGUGAUAAAGCAAAGCUCAGAUUAAAGGCACUAAAGAAGGAAUUUGAAUCUCUGUAUUCAACGACCCCAAAUUUUUAUUGUAGAGCACCUGGAAGAGUUAAUAUUAUUGGAGAACACAUUGAUUAUUGUGGAUAUGGCGUCUUACCUAUGGCUAUAGAACAAGAUAUAAUAAUGGCCGUCGUUCCCAAUGACAAGGAACAGAUUGUCCUUGCAAAUGUUGACAAAAAAUUCAAGAGUUUUUCAGUAAAUAUUAAGGAUUACAAGAUUGAUGGUAAAGAAUGGUUUCACUAUUUUCUCUGUGGUUUCAAGGGAAUCACUGACCAUCUUGGUUUGAAAAAUCCCGUUGGUAUGAGCGUACUAGUGGAUGGAAAUGUCCCAAAGAAUGCUGGAUUGUCAAGUUCGUCGGCAUUUGUAUGUUGUUCAGGAUUGGCUACAAUGCAUGUAAAUGGCGGGAAUUUAAGUAAAGUGGAAAUUGCUGAAGUUUGUACCAAAUGUGAACGCUAUAUUGGAACCGAAGGUGGUGGAAUGGAUCAAGCCUGUUCCUUUUUGGCAGGAUUUGGCAAAGCAAAGCAUAUUGAAUUUGAUCCACUUCGUUCCACAGACGUUAUCAUUCCUGAAGGAAUUACGUUUGUUAUUGCAAAUAGUCAGGUUGAAAUGAACAAGUCAAAAACGGCUGGAACACACUUUAAUGUCCGAGUUGUUGAAUGUCGUACAGCUGCACAGGUACUUGCAAAAGCCAAAGGUGUUGACUGGAAAUCUAUACGUAAACUUUCCCAAGUACAAAAGGAACUCGGAGUUGAUUUAGGGAAAAUGUUAGAGUUUGUUGAAGAAAUAUUGCAUAAGGGGUCGUACUCAAGACAGGAAAUAUGUAAAUUACUAGAAAUAACGGAUGUUGAUUUGAUUAAAGAAUGCCUAAGUGAGUCUACUGCGCAUGUUGAUAGCUUCAAGCUCUACGACCGAGCGAUACACGUGUAUAGCGAGGCGAAAAGAGUAUUAGAGUUUCGUGGUGUUUGUGAACAAAAACCAAAAAAUGCUGUCGAGAGUCUUGGCAAUUUAAUGAGCGAAAGUCAUGACAGCUGUAGGGUUCAGUAUGAAUGCAGCUGUGAAGAGCUGGACAAACUGGUUGAUUGUUGUAGAUGUGCAGGGGCACUUGGUUCUCGUCUUACUGGAGCUGGUUGGGGUGGCUGUACUGUUUCCAUGGUGCCGAAUGACGCAGUCGAUGUGUUCUUAAAGGAAGUCAAAAGGCAAUUUUACCAGGUUGACUGUGAAGAUCCUGGUAAUCAUGGCACUAUAGAGCAGAGUUUGUUUGCAACAUCACCUGGUGGAGGGGCAGCGAUCAUUUUACCUGAUGCUGUAGAUAGUGAUGGAAAUGGUUUUUAUUUUAAAUUGUAAUUUACUAUUUUAAAUUCAGUCUGUAUUAAAUAUGGUUUUGGCGAAUCGUCAUUAUUGAAUUUAAAGAUUUGAAAUCAUUUUA